CUCUAUACUGUUCUCAUCAGGACACUUAGAAUACGACAUUUGCUCUGAGGGGGAAUGAAAAUGGUGUUGCGCACCUGGUAUGCACUGGUCAGAGAAAGCAAAACAUGAAGUGAGGACGGUUGUAAACGCUCUUCUGAAAUGGUUGGGAGGAUUCCCCUAGUCCUCCUUGCAUGUGGCUCCUUCAACCCCAUUACCCACCAGCACAUGCGCUUGUUUGAAUUAGCGAGGGACCACAUGCAUCAAACAGGACGAUAUAAAGUCAUUGAGGGCAUCAUUUCCCCUGUCAGUGAUGAAUAUGGUAAGAAAGGCCUGGUCUCGGCAAGGCAUCGUGUUGCCAUGAGUCGUCUGGCUCUGGAGACUUCUAACUGGAUCAGAGUGGACCCCUGGGAGAGCCAACAGCAGCACUGGAGCGAGACAGUCGAGGUACUGAGGCACCAUUAUAACAGACUGCACAAUCCUGAUCGCCUAAAGGGAAGCGUGCAAGAUACAUGUGUGAACAAGACUAAGCAGGACAUGAAUUCAUAUCCAGGAUCACCGCAGCUGAAAUUGCUGUGCGGGGCUGAUUUCUUGGAGACAUUCAAAAUUCCUAAGCUGUGGAGGGAAGAGCACAUUGUGGAAGUGGUCGGCAAGUUUGGCCUGGUAUGCAUCAGUCGCGGCUUGACAGACAUGCACAGGUUCAUACACGAGUCGGACACCCUCACCAGACACCGGCACAAUAUCCACUUGGUAAGGGAGUGGAUCCAAAAUGAAAUCAGCGCCACCGAAAUCCGCCGGGCUUUGCGUCGGGGACAGAGUGUCAGGUACCUGCUCCCAGACUCUGUCAUUAAGUACAUUAAACAGCAUGACUUGUACACUGCAGAGAGCGAGCUGAAGAAUGCAGGUGACAUCCUGCAGCCCCUCAAACAAACAAUGAGUGAAUGAGGAGGACUUCACUCUCCCUGAAAGAGUGGGUUUAUUCACAGACGGAAAACAAAAUGUCAUCAGAAGCAGUCGUUUGGUGCUUAUAUUUUUAUGUCAUGUAGUGCCUUUUUUAUUGGUAUCUAAUAGUGGUUAAUAAUGAAAAACGUGCUGUAUUAAGUAUACGCUGUUAUAGAGUAUUUAAUCUACUUCUACUAUUACUUCAUUAAACAACACACAG